UUCCGUCAGAUCCCUUUGAAAUCAACAAAAUGGCGGGGAUAACAUCCGAGUUUUCUUCAAACACACCGUUUGAUUUCCCAGACGGAAGAGUCAACGAAGAUCUCUCGCGAAAAAUGAGGAUCCCGCAGACCAUCACUGUACCAGGAGGUGAAGAAGAUCACCAAUCAAACGGACCGAAAAAGAUUCCAGGCGAUGGAGUGCCCAUGUCGAUCCCUGACAGAAUCGAACUUGGUUCGUACUCGCCCAAAAGUGACAUUCCGAGAGAUUUAAAAGAUGAAAUGGUGGCAGUCAACUCUUUGAGUAGCAUGAUAACUCCUCCACGAACUCUGACCGUUGACGAUACAAAAUCAGCGCAUUAUCCUCAAACUAGCACUGCGCCUGUAAGUGGAUCGCCAACAGCAGCUCGUGGAAACAGAGAGCGUAGAACGAAUGCCGUUAGAGAUAUUGACGAUGAAAGCAUUGCUGUUGGUUUAGAGGUGAUAGAUGAAGGAACUCCUUUAGACAGUGACAGUGAUGUUGGUCAUUACAUGGGAGGUGACUCUCCCGACUCAAGAAAAUUCAUCCUGCAGAUACAGCGUCUAAAUAGCAGAGUUAAUGAACUGGAGAGAAAUGUUGAACAUAACUCAGUGGGAUUUUGGUCCAAAAUGAUUUUCUUUGCUUUCACAAUCAUUAAUCCCGUUCUCUUACACUGGCUGUUCUGGAAAAGAAGGUGAAAAUGAGAAGUGAAGUAGGAUUGACAUCACCUCUAAGCUUGGGACUGUCAUGUAAAUUUUGUUACGUUUAAUAAAGCUGAUAAAGAGAUAAGGAUACAGCUGAUAAACUUGAAACAUUUUUUGAUGAGGCCAUUUGUUUCAUCAAGCAAAGACGGUGUUUUGAUUUUUAGAGUAAGGGUCAUUUUCAAAUUCCUGCAUUGAAAAACUGAUUAAUUCCUACAUGGAUACUGACAUUUUCAUCUUAUAGACAGCCAGUACUGAUGAAAGAUCAAUGCUUUUGUAAAAAGACAUUAGGCACUGCAUAUAUUAAAGGAAAUAACUGCACUUUGUUUAUGUCAAGAAGUUUCCUGACAGACUUUUUUGUAUACUGGUAAUUAAAGUUAUGAAAGAGAAAUUUGGAUAAUUAGGUAAUAUGCUUUUUUAAUCUCAAAAUGUGAAAACUAACAAUUAUUUGGAUGAGGUUGAGCAUGGUAGCAAGAAUUAUCAAGGCCAAAGUUUGUGUUAUCUGCCAAAGUUGAAGGCUGAGGCGAAUAACACAAACUGAGGCCUUAGUAAUUAUUGCUAUCUUGUGGAAACCAAAUCCAAUGAUUGUUUUGUUAAGCAUAUUCCGGAGCUGCACUUUUAAAGACAAGAGCCCAUAAAACUAUUGUCUGAAGGUAUGACAUCACUUCUAUUCUACAUGUAUAAAAUUUAUUGUCUGUAGGUAUGGUGUAAGAGAAUGUACAAUAACAACUCUUUACACCCUAAUGUCAGUAUGCAUAUUCUCCAUACUGUUCACUAGAACUUUCCUAAGGUGCUGACAAAGAGAAUUUGUUUGACAAUCAUGAGCCCCUGUAAUUGGUGAUUAUUUCCUCUUUUCUCACGACUUUAAAUGCAUGCUUCAGGGGUGAUAUUGUAAGGAGAAAUUAGAUGCUUGUCACUCUUACAGAUCAAAGGGUUAAGCCCAUUUGCUUUCACGUUGUUCCCCUCAUGACUCAUGAUUGUAAGCGAAAGUAUUCGUAUAAAGCAUUAAAUAAUUAAACAUGAAACCGUUGAUUCUUUGGCCUGAGUUUUUACACCACCAAUGCAUACUAGAGCUAGACCAAUGGUCCACACCAAAAAAACCAACACUCCAGGUUCCAAUUUUGACCAGGAAACAGCAGAUGAAGAGCCACUUCGGGAAUAUGCCAUAUAUGAAAUCUAUCAUUGUUAUUAUUAUUAGCUUGAAGAAGUAAAAAAGUGUGCAAUGAGCCUCUUCUUUCCUUUUUACUUAUAUAAUGAGGCAUCGGUUGAAUCUUGCUCAAUAAAAAAUUUGAGACCACU